CUCUGAAUUUAUCUCGCUCCGCUGCCAGUGCCGGGGUUAUAAAAGUCAACACCCUCCGGCCAGCUGCACCCCGACGUCUUUGCUCAGCUAAUUCCACCCCUGCACCCGACCUCACCACCCAAUCCCCACCACUCCCCGGAGUUCUAUGGCCUACACGUCCUCCCUCCCCAAGCACCUCCUCCUCCCCAGGACACGCCGGAACACGCGCUCCUCCUCCUCCUUCGUCCCCGCCGCGGCCAGGACCAACGGCGCCGCCCCGCGCGUAAACGGGCACGCCGAGAACGCGCCGCCCGACGGCAAGGUACAGAUCAACGGCAACGGCAAGGGAGGGCACGGCAGCGUCAACAGGAAGGGGCAGGUCGUCAACGGCCACGCUAAGAAGGGCGUCAACAGGAAGGGGGCACACGUCAACGGCCAUGCGGACCGGAUCCACCUCUCGGUGAGCACGGGCGGCGGGGGCGGGGGGCAAGAUGGGACCGGGCUCCGGGUGGCGUUCCAGGGCGCGCCCGGCGCGUACAGCGAGUUCGCAGCCAAGACGGCGCUGCCCGGGUGCGACACCGUCCCGUGCCGCUCGUUCGCCGAUGCGCUGGCGGCCGUGGAGCGCGGGGGCGCCGACCGGGCUAUCCUCCCCGUGGAGUCCACCAUGGAGGGCACCGCGCUGCGGAACUACGACCUCCUGCUGCGGCACGAUCUGGUGGUGGCGCAGGAGAUCAACCUCUUCGUGCACUACUGCCUCCUCGCCAUGCCGGGGGUCCGCGCCACCGAGGUGCGCCGCGUUAUCAGCCACCCGAUGGCGCUCGCGCACUGCGGCCGCGCGCUAGCCCGCCUCGGCGUGGACCGCGAACCCGUCGAGGACACGGCGGGCGCCGUGGAGAUGCUGCGGUCCAACCGGAUGCUCGACACCGCGGCCAUCGCCAGCCCGCGCGCCGCCGACCUCUACGGCCUCGACGUGCUCGCGCACGGCCUCCAGGACGAGUCCUGGAACGUCACCCGCUUCCUGCUGCUCUCCAGGCCGCCCUCGCCCGUGACCCUACCCGUGGACGCCGACGCCAAGACCAGCAUGGUGGUCGUGCACCGGGGCGGGUCCAUGAUGAUGGUGCUCAAGGUGCUUUCCGCCUUCUCCUCCCGCAGCAUCAACCUCACCAAGCUGGAGGUCAUCAACAACGACGCCGUCAGCGACGCCGACGGCGCGCGGCCCCCGGUGAUGGUCCUGGACACGAGCGCCCGCGGCGCGCCGACGCUGCGCGCGUUCCCGCACGUCCUCUACGUCGACUGUGAGGGCGCCGCCCACGACCCACGCGUCCGCGAGGCCAUCCAGGAGAUUGCGAGGUUCGCCGUGUUCGUGCGCGUCCUCGGCUGCUACGCCGCCGAUACCACUGUCUACGACCUGCAAUGAGGAGGAGAGGAUCAUACAGGUGAAUCGAAGCAUCGAAUUAGCUAGCUACUUCGCUGCAAUUGGACUACUAUUUUGGAGCCGUCCAUUCUAGUAUCAACCAACAACUAGCUUCAGUGAGACAGCUGCUUGCUUGCUGCUGGCCUGCUGCUAAGUAUUUUCUGUACAGGUGCAAUAAGAAUCUUUCUAUUGCUGCUGAUGCUUGUGGAUUAGCUGUGCGCAUAGGUCUAAGCUUGGUCAGAUGCCAGCUGAUUGUUGUAAUUUUGUAGUGCUAGAUCUUCCUAGAAACUUUCGAAUCCCUAUUGCAGUCUAGAUAAAUUGAGUAGCCAUUUCGCAAAGUACUGAAAUUUGUACAAGAGCAAUGUAAUAUAAUGUUGUGCUAAUCUACCGCUUUGUUUAGUA